AUGUCGGAAUCUCCCGCCAAACCCGGAGGGGCCAGCGACAACCCUGCCGUCGCCGCUACCGACGAGACAAUAAUCGCAGGCGCAGCAGGCAUAAAGGUACCGGUCUCUCUUCUUAGAGAAGACGUCGUAGAGAACGCUGUCGACGACUCGGAAGACCUACCGGAUGACGACUUUAUAAAAGCAACCCAAACCAAGAACUAUACGCAGCGACACCACCACAACAGGCCUCCAGGCAGGCUCGGUCGGGUCCAGGAGCUCGUUCCGUUCCCAUUCCUGCCGAACGUGCGCCCGCUCACCAUCUCGGACCUCGAGAGUUGUGUCGCACUAGAGGAUGCUGCGUUUGCGGACCCGGCGCAUCGGGCUACGAGGGAGAAGUUUGAGUACCGCUUAUCAGUAUGUCCAGAGUUAUGUCUCGGUCUCUUCUGCACCGUCGCACCUGAUAAAACUGAGGGCUUCGAGAUCGAUACGUUGCCAACAGCGCAUCCCGUCGAGACGGGUCGCGAAAAUGGCGCUAAAAGUGUUCUAAUGGCGCAUAUCGUGGCGACACGAUCGCACGACGAAAUUGUCACUGACAAGGCCAUGGAUUACCCCCGUGACUUCCGCACUAAUAAGCGCAACACAACCGGCUUGGGCCAUCAAGAGGCUGGCGGUACCAUCUGCAUCCACUCGUUCGCCGUCCACCCUAAGCUCCAGGGCUGUGGCCUCGGAAAGCUCCUCAUGAAGUCGUAUCUUCAGCAGCUCAGGAAUUCGGAGUGCGCGCUACGCUGCUCGCUUAUCUGCCGAGGUUACCUGGUUACGUUCUAUGAACGAUUCGGCUUCUUACACCUUGGGGAGAGUUCGGUAAAAUUUGGCGGCGGAGGUUGGCACAAUAUGUCACUCAGUAUCACCGGAUUACCCUCUUAUUCGGCGAGACCAAAAUCGCGAGGCUAA